AUGGCGAAGCUUGUAGGAGUUUUCCUGUUCUAUCUAUUCGCUGUUUGUGCCACGGCGGCAUGUACUACGAAAGGCAAACGCCGUGCCUGGCAUACAUUCAGCAACACAGAGAAGCUCGCCUAUAUCGACGCUGAGCUCUGCUUGAUGAAGAAGCCUGCGACACUGGGCUUACCAUCCACAAAGACGCGGUUUGACGAGUUCCAAGCAAUUCAUGCUCUGCAGGCUUACGCUACGCACUUUGUUGGUGCCUUUCUUCCCUUCCACCGAGCCAUUCUGCAUGCUCAUGAGCAGGCUCUGCGAACUGAGUGCGGCUACACAGACUGGCAACCGUACUGGCAAGAACAAAGAGAUGCAGGAAAGUUCAAGUCGUCCGUCAUAUUCGAUCCCGUAUAUGGCUUUGGCGGCGAUGGCUCCGGUUCGCGUCGUUGCAUCACCACCGGCCCGUUCGCAAACUACACGAACUCACUCGGGCCCGGAUACAGCAACACGAACCACUGCAUCGACCGUCAGAUCAACGACAUGAUCAGUCAAGGAAGCAGCCAGCAGAAUGUUGAUUCGUGCCUAGCUAAGAAGGAUUGGGUCAGUGCUUGGAACUGCAUCGAGGCGUCGCCUCACGGAGGAGGCCACGCCGGCGUGGGAGGCCAGAUGCAGAAUGGAGUCUCGAGCCCGGGAGACCCUCUGUUCUACCUUCAUCAUACUUGGCUCGACAAGAUUUGGUGGGACUGGCAGGCCAAGGAUAAGACGGCGAGGAUCAAGGAGAUGGGCGGAACGAACAUUGCGCCUGAGAAUAACCCUGGAUUUCCAGCUCGGCCACCUUCCAUUCCACGACCGACCGGCGCAGAGGGCGAUCCAGGAACUACCACGACGUUGAACCAUGUGUUGAACAUGUAUGGAAAUGGACCAAAUCGGACUAUCGCUGAUGUGAUGGACAUUGGUGGUGAUAUCCUCUGCUACGAUUAUGUAAAUCCAGCAUGAGUUUAUGCAUCUCCAACGACGAUUGGAGUUGGUUCGUAGGAGGCUGUCUCUGGGAUACGCGUUAGCUUCGAAUAACAGCUCUGUUUUACAGACUCUUGUCUCGCUAGCAGCAGAGUCAAGCAUAGAAUAUCCACCGUCGCACAGGUUAGUGACCAUAGUCAGUGAUGCUCGACUGAUUGGCCUGCCAAUUCAAAUCUGCCUUAUAAUCGUAUACUAACAAAUGGAGCAACUAUCAAUGUCACCGAAAGUUCAAGGGGUACAUACUAUGACACGGGUUUUCUUUCGCCUUCAUCGCCAUCUCUCAG